AUGGGUGCAGUAUCCUAUUCUCAGGUCAUUGUCACACUUUUUACGUAUGUACAAAGACUUGGUAUAGCUGCUAACUUCCAUGGAGUUAAAAUUCCUAAACAACUUCAGAAACUGCUUGUAGUUAUGGUUAAUUUUUAUAAUACCAUAGAAGCAAGCGUUCCAGAUGUUCCAGAUUUUGAUUUCAGAUCCCAGUUAGUUUUACUUUCAGUUGGUAUUCCACUUCUUCUUGAUAUUAUUUUCAUUUGGUUUAUUUUUCCGUUUUAUGAUGUAAUUAUGCACAUUAUUGAUGUUAUUGGCUUAGCAUGCUUUACAUAUUUUCUUACUACAGGUAUUGUUGUAGGAUUUGACUCCGUAACAACAACAUGGACCGUUGUUUCAGCAAUUUAUAUUAUUUCUCGUAUUGUUUUAAUGUUUUACAACAAAAGCAAAACGAACGAGCAACUCUUCGACCUCGUUAGAUCCAUUUGCUCAUUCUUUAUGAGCCAUGUUAUGCCUCAAUCAGAAAAAUCUAUCACAUUCAAAGAAUUAAACAUACAAAUUCGUAAAUUUUCAAAACUCAUUGAUAUUGUCCCGGAGAAGGGAGUUUACUGGAAGGCCGCAAUUUGGCUAUUUUUCGGUCUUGCUUUUAUUAUUGGAGGAUAUGUUUGCUUAGGCUUGUUUUUCGAUCCAGGCAAACUUCCAGAGAUUGUACGUAUUGUAUUACCAAUCUUUUUGCUACCACUAGGCUUUGUUUGUUGGAUUGCUUUUAUGCUCAAAAUGUUUCCAUGUGGCCGCAAAGUUAUAGUUAAAAUCAAACAGUUCAUCAGACGUUGGGGUCUUAGAUUCUUAAUGCUUGCCUUAGAUGUCCUUUAUAUCCCUAUUAUUCAGUGUUUAGUUUAUCACAUGACUCCAAAGCCACAAGGCUGCGAUCCAGACUACUACUUCUACUACAAGCACCAAGGAACAGAUUUCCUUGACCCAUUCAUCAACAAAACCGUCGAAUGUUUACCAUGCGCUCGCCACGUUACAGGAGUUUGCGUUGAUAUGUGCAAAGGCACCUACCAGCUCCGCAUGAAAUCCUCCCCAGCUCUGCUCUUCGUUGACGACGUUUUGGGGAUUAUGGCCGGUGUUGUAAUUUACACGUUGGUCAUCAUUAUGUUUGGCAUUCCCAUCAUGUGGUAUUUACUUGUACGCAGAAAUACAGGUUUCGUUAGGAAUAUCAACGUUUACGGAGCCACAUCUGAAGAUAAGUGGGAAGCCAUCACAAACCGUCUUCAUACUACCGGUAUUUUCAUUUUCCAGGACUUCAAGUUCACACAUUGCUACUGGUGCGUUUUCCUAAUUGUAAUGAAACUGGUUGCUAUGCUUAUUGAAGUUAUUUCGGAGAUUCUCUGGCUACCGUUCAUCGUAGCUCAGCCUUUCUAUUACUUGUUCUCGUUCGUCGUCACUUGGUACUUCGCUCCUUAUCUCCAUAAAUUCAAUAACAUUUUGGAAACACUUUUAGAAGGUGUCAACCUUGUAUUCUCAAUCAUCGUUGUUAUCUCUUACUUCGGAUAUGAAAUUCCUGAAGUUAUGUCCCUUCCAUUUACGAUCCUUCUUCUUGGCCUUCCAAUUGUGUCCUGUUUCUUCAUCGUUUGCUUUGAUGAUGUAAAGGGAACAAAGGAGGAUGAAGACGAUCCAACAAUUAUCAGAAAAGUCGUAACACAGAACAUAUCUCGUAAGAACUCAUCAUUGGCAAUCAACCACCGCGACGACAUGGAGCAGUUAUUACUUCCAGAUGACCAGGAACAACCUCCAGCUCCAACUGAUCAAAAAGAGACAGAUGAAAUUCAUCUCGAAGUUAAUGAGGAGAAAGAACAGAAAUCAGAGGAAGAAAAGAAGAAUGAUGAUGGAGAAAAUAACAAUGAAGACGACGGACCAUGGGAAGUCGCUGAUUGUGAUGACCAACACUGCAUUCUUGAAGAUGGAAUGUUAGAUACAAUGGAUGAAGCAAUAGAACGCGAGAAAGAUUCUCUUGUUUCUCCUGAAGAGAGAGUUCCAAUGGUUGCUUUCGAAGUAAGAAAGACAAAGUGCGCAAAACUGAUGACAAAGAUGUACGAAACACUCGAUGUUGUUUUGGAUGGAUCAACUAUUGAACUGUUGACAAAGAUUUUGGAGACAACAGUUCUUUUCGGUGCUGCUGCAACUGGUUGGUACCUUGGCGCUCUUUUCGCUCAUCAUGAGAAAGAUGUUGAUAUUAUUUGCGGAUGA